AUGCACGGUUUUAACUUUUUAUUACUCUCAGGGACAGAUGGGAAGAAAGAAUACUAUGACGAUGCUUUUCCUCUGGAGAAAAGUGCAGGUGGUCUGUCAGAGGAUCUGCGUACAGGAGACACAGCAGAGGACUAUGAUGAUGCUGUUACCACAGGACAGAGUCCAGGUUCAGCACUGAUGGGGACAGAAGACAUAGAGGAGGACUAUGAUGAUGCUGUGGGUGUAGAACAGAGUCCACAUGUGUUACCAGGAGAAAAAGCGUUGACCACUCUGCCCCCUGGUGAGGGACCCCCUGGUCCUGACCACACUGACUAUGAUGACGUGGGAGACGGAGGAUCGUCUGCAGUUCUGGAAUCUCUCUACAGUGAUGUGAGGCUGGUGAAUGGAAACAGUCCUUGUGAGGGAAGAGUGGAGGUUCGUCAUCAAGGAGAGUGGGGAACUGUGUGUGGUUGGGGCUGGGAUAUAACGGAUGCCUCAGUGGUGUGUAGACAGGUGUUCUGUGGAGAUGCUGUAGCAGCACCGCAAUACGGACACUUUGGAGCAGGAACAGGAAAGAUCUGGUUGUCCUACGUGGACUGUGGAGGUUCGGAAUCAACACUGGAGGAGUGCGGACAUAGAGGAUGGGGUACUGUUUAUAGCUGCAGACAUUCUGAAGACGCUGGAGUCAUCUGCUCAGGUCAUCAAGAUGUGCGACUGGUACAGGGUACACACCUGUGUUCGGGACGAGUGGAGAUCCAGCAUGGAAUUACCUGGGGUUCAGUGUGUGACGCUGACUUUGACCUGCAGGAUGCCGAAGUUGUGUGUCGGCAGCUGGGCUGCGGGAUCCCUGCGAAGGUGCUGGGAGGGUCUGCCUUUGGGAAGGGGGGACACCAAAUGUGGACAGAGGAGAUUCAGUGUACAGGGAACGAGUCAAAUGUUUACUCCUGUCCGAAAUCAUCCACAAAGAAACAACGCUGCUCGCAGGAUAGCAACGUGGGACUCGUAUGUUCUGGAUACACAAACGGCAGGCUGGAAGAUGGCCCAGACUCCUGCUCUGGAAGAGUGGAGUUACAAUACAUCACUGAGUGGGGCAAAGUGUGUGAUGCAUCCUGGGAUCUGAGAGCAGCCAAUGUCCUCUGUCAGCAGCUGGGCUGUGGGAGCGCUGUGGCAGUGCCAGGACAGGCCUGGUUUGGAGAGGGCAGGGGUCGCAUCUGGGCUGAUGUGUUUGAGUGUCAGGGGAAGGAAACACAUCUGUCCCAGUGUGUUGUUUCUUCAUGGAACCGAGCUGUGUGCUCUCAUGGACACGAUGCAGGAGUCAUCUGUAAUGGAUCAUCUCUCUCCAACCUUGAUGGGAUGGUCCGACUGUCUGGAGAGAGUGGCUGUGAGGGUCAGUUGGAGGUUCACUACCAGCACACCUGGAGCAGAGUUCUCCUGGACUCCUGGAGCAUCAGGGAAGCUUCUGUGGCCUGCAGACAGCUGGGCUGUGGUUCAGCAGUGAGGAUCUACAACUCCUUCAUGUCUGGGACAGGGGACACUGAUGUGUGUCUCACAGGGUAUCAGUGCUCUGGGACUGAAUUUCACUUGGGGAACUGCAGUGCUCCACACUCAUUCAAUUGCAGUUCCAGCCCAUAUGUGUCCAUAGCAUGUUCCAGUGAGUACAACAGGUCCCUGAGGCUGGUGGGUGGUGAGGGCGGCUGUGCAGGGAGGCUGGAGGUGUUCCACCAGGGCUCCUGGGGGACAGUGUGUGAUGACUCCUGGGAUCUGAAUGAUGCUCAGGUGGUGUGCAGGCAGCUCCAGUGUGGGACGGCUCUCCGCUUUACCUCUUUUGGUCCAGGAAAUGGAUCUAUAUGGCUGGAUGAGGUUGGCUGUGUGGGGAACGAAUCAUCUCUGUGGGACUGUCCCUCUUCACAGUGGGGGAACCAUGACUGCGUUCACAAGGAGGAUGUAGGAGUUGUGUGUUCAGAAUACAAAGAUCUGAGACUGGCUGAAGGUUGUUCUGGCCAAUUGCAGGUUUAUUACAGUGACACCUGGGGAAACGUGUGUUUCAAUCAGAUGGACACAAACACUGCGAGUUUAAUAUGUCAGCAACUCAACUGUGGGAAGAGUGGAACUGUUUCUAGUACAGGAUCUCGAGUGAAAGGAGCUCCAAAUUGGCUGGAUAUUGUCAAAUGUCGCCCACAUGACUCCACACUGUGGCAGUGUCCAUCCUCUCCCUGGGGACAGAAUAAAUGUGAUGAUGAGGACGAAGUGGCCCUCAUUACCUGUGACUCACUCCAGGGCAGCUUGAGAAGGGUGUUGCCAGGUGAUGGGAGUGAGCUGGACCUUCCCUUUUAUGAGGACACGACCUUUAUCGACAUUAACCUGACUAACCAUAUUGGAACACAUGGGAUCUUCAUGCACAACAGUCUCUAG